GUCACCGUCUACCUCAACUUAAAGUCAAAAACCCUGUACUUUCCCCAAAUUUCGGGUGCGUAGAUAAGAAAAGUUAAACAAAAAUCAAAACAUUGCAGCCAAAUAUUUGUUUAUUUUUUUAAAAAAAUAUAAAAACAUAUAUUUCACUAAAAAGUGUUGCCAAAAUGGCCACUAUGGAACGACCAAAAGUCCAGAAGAAGAAGAAAACCAAAAAAACAACAAUAAAAGAAGAAAAAUUGCUGACCGAUUCAGAAGCCGAAGAUGACACCGCAUCAGCAUCAACAUCGACCUCAACGAAAAAUACAAAAAUUAACGAUGAUGUCCAAUCGCUCGACAUAGAUUUUCCAACAACAAAAUGCGAUGAUAUUGUUAGUCAUGAAUGUUUUGUCUCGACGAACUUUCAGCCUUUUGAUAAGAUAUCUCUUGACGAUGAAGACUUGCUUAGCGACGACGAUAAGGAGAACCAAAAGCAGAAACCUCAACAGGAAGAAGAAAUCCCCACUAUAAUACCCCAAGUUGAAGAACCAAAAGAAGAAUCGACACCAGAAGUUAGUAUUCCUGUGAGCAUUCCUUGUGCUCCAUCGAUAGAAACAGAAGACCAGAUGCCCUUUGGAACACCCCUGCCAUGGACGCAAAACUUUGAAGAGCCAACAGCUCCAGUGUUCUGCGAAUCCAAAACCGCCACAAAAUUCGAUUUUAAACCUGCUACGAGCGUUAAGUAUCCAGAUCUCUCAAGCAUGAGUCGUGUCCAGACACAUCCUGAGGUCUUCUAUCAAACGUACAAACCUAGUUCGUCAGCUUCGGCCAUAAGUCGCCUCAAACCCUUCACAACAGAACAACUGCGAGAGAUAUACUAUUGUCAGGACAUAGAAAUGGUUAAACAAUUCGAGCUGGAAUUCCUGAUGAAUUCACUGCUCGAAAACACCGAUAGCGAUCCAUUCUAUGUUCUGCUAUUAAAAUACUUGAACUUGCAGGGCAAAUUAGUUAUGAAUCAGAGUGAUUUGGCAGAGAAAAGAAAACGAUUCAACGAAUCUAAAGAUGAUAUUUGGACUAUAAUUGAACGAUCUGCUACAGGCAAAGGCGUAUGUGGCGAUGGAAAUACUGUCUCCUAUACAAAGAUUCAUGAAGUUGCUGUGAUAAAUGAGACCCAAUUGGCGUUGUCAGUGGAUGCCUUAAAUCAAAUAACACAAUUACUUUGUUAUUCAUACAGUGUUAAUUUAAUUGAAGCUAAUUUGACUAAAAUCAAGAUUGAUAAAAUAAUAAAUGAAAUUAUGUCCUAUGAUUCCGUUCGAGGCAUUACAAAUGAAUCCCCAGUUUCAUUGAAUAAAAAUUUGAGUACAAUAACCCUCCAUUGCAUCAAUCGUCUUCGGCGGGCAAUAACAAUUUUAUUUAGCUUCAUUCGAAAACCAAGUCCCAACGAGACAUUUACCAAAAGCAUCAAAAACUGGCUUAGUACUUUAAUAUCACUACAUAUUCGUAUUGGAACAAGAGAAGACCAUUGGUUCCUACUAUUUCAUAUUCUAAGAUGUCCUAAUGGUGUUGGAAAUUGGGGUAAAUCUUUUAUUCAAUUACCAUUAACAGAUAGCACCAAAAACAACGAGCACAUAACUCUAUCGAGUGCCGAAAUGAAUCAUUGUGUAGCAAUACUUCAUAUACUCCUGUUGCCUAUUAAGAAACGCAACGAUUUUCUUAAAGCCUUUUCACAGUCCCAUAAGGAAAUUUCGGAUCCUGUCAAAGAGGAUCAUUGGAUAUUAAUUGAAUCCGAUGGCGAAGAAGGUACAACAUCGAAUGGAGAAUGCAUUGGUUUGAGGGAAAGUGAUUUGAUUGCAUUGCUCGAUCAAAUGCCUUUUGAAAUGUUAUUUUGUUAUGCUCUUAACGUUGAUAAAACCUCGAAUAAUUACAAUCUGGAAGCAGACCUCAUAACUGGCAAUCAAGUAUUGAAGGUUAUUGCUUUCUUUUCGACACUAAUUGAGAUUUUCGGCGAAGGAAUGAUCACAUACAAUAGAGAACGAUAUAAACAACUGGCUAAGCGGUUGGGCCGGCUUAUUCGACACGUUUUGCAAUAUGUUUCCGAUUAUUACGAAUUGUUUAUACGUAACAAUUUAUCCAAAGAUCCAUACCUCUGUGAAAGAAUCAAUGUGGAAUUAAAUUCACUUUUAAUAAAAGCUUGCAGUUAUAUUUAUCGAACACGUAAUUUAGCAACAUGGCAAUAUUUCUCUUCUCUUCCAUACAACAGUCUUGAUGCUUCAACAGUUUGGCAGCUUUUUUUCUAUUUGAAUGUUGGCUUCCCCACUCAGUUUCCAGCUCCUCAUGAAGAUUACAUUGCUAGAUAUCAUGCUACAGAUUUUUGGAAUUAUUUCAAUGGAGCAAAUGCUGAUUCUUCAGCCGAAGAUUUGUAUUAUUUGUUACAGACUUUUUUUGAAAUGGCAAAUGAAAGAGAUCGAGUUAAAGACUGGGAAUUAAUACAAGCUAUUUGCUUGCAUAUAUUUGACAUUGGUUUCAUCAAUGAAAAAACCCGUGACAUUUGCUAUAAAACAUCUCGGGACAUGCUGGUCAAUCUAACACUUGCCUAUAACGACCUCAUGUCCAGCUUAUUGCUCCAAGUGAAGAUUAGAUUUGAAGAAAUUGAAAAUGCUGCCUACCUAUUUCAAUCCUUACCUCUUGAAAAUUGGAAACCAGAAAUGGAUAGUUUUGAAACUCUAUCCAGUUGGUUAUUACAUUUUGAUUAUAAAACCAAAGAAAAUAUAUUAGCACGAAUAAUAGUAAGCCAUUUAAAUUGGGGUUUUGAUUGUGACAAUCGUCUAUAUUUGCCUCAUAAUAUUCAUGUACGUAUGGCAUGUCUAGUAUCGGAGGCUCUAACAAAACAUGCUCCUGAAAUUGUUGGUCAAUCUGGAAUAUCUGAAAGUGUUCGUCAAGUUUCUGAUAUAGAAUCACAAUCGUCAAAAGAACAAUUUACAACAUGGUGUUGGACUAUGGUAUCAGUAUUACGUUUGCAUCUAAUGGAUCAAAGUUUCGAUUCCAUCAAAAACACUUUACAAAACCCGACCGAACCAUUGAUGUUUAUACCUGAUUUGGAAAAAAUCGAAGUUAUUUAUCAAGGGGUCACCGAAAAUAGACCACUUUCGAUGUAUGUUGCGAUUCUAGUUAGCCUCUGGGGGCACUCGGUUCCAUUGAUUUGUCAAAAAGGAUUCGAACAGCUGAAACUUUUGCUAAGUGAUUAUAGGCAUGCUGCAGUAAUUCGUUGCAUUGAAUUGAUUGUACCUCUAUUCAUGGAAACACCUGAAACUCUAGCUAAAUGUGAAGGUUUCCAGACAAUACUUACCCAAUUGUUGAAUGCAGAUAAGACGUACUUGAAAAUGGCCAAGGAAAUGCUUUUCUCGUCUUCAUUGGGUCCGGUCAUGGAGUUGUUAGACAAUAUGAUUCAACAUCAAGUUAUAAGUUAUUAUAACUAUGGAUUAACAACUCCAUUGAUGUUGGUUAAUACGUGGCUUCAUGUACUAACAAAUGUGCCCAAUUGGCAAAAUACCAUGGUCUUGCAUUUGAUUGAAAAAAUACUGGCUGUGGCGUAUCAAUUUCCGGAUGUUUGGAUGGCUUCAAAGGAAUAUUUUAGAUAUUAUUAUAGGGACUGUGACGAUUGGAAAGGACAUAAAAUUUCAACUUUAAAAUUUAUCCUAGGUACUUCAAAUCAAUCACGCGUACCAAAUAUUAUAGUCACGAAUUACGGAUGGUUUGCUCUUUUGCUAUUGGACAUUGAAUUUGAAUUGCAAGACACUCAAAUAUGGUCGGAAUUUUUACGGCAGCUUUCUGCAGUUAAGAAUAAUACUAAAAUAAAUAUCGAUAAUGUUGUGAAGAAAACAUCUUCUAUUUUAAAAUUUCCAAUUUUUACCGCACAAAACCUUGUGGUUUAUAAAUAUGCAAAUAUUAUAUCAACACUUGACGUCAAUCAUCCAGCAUUUCCGUUGCUAGUGCAACAAUUUUUUGUUCUUUUUCUCGCAAGAGUUCCUUUCGAUCCUGAUGAAGAAAGAUUUCAAUAUACCUUUGGUGUAUCGGACAAAUUAUAUGAAUUCAAUGUGACGCUUAUGAAGAAAAUAAAAACUAAUCUUAAAGCUGCGGAAAGUUUGUAUCUAGAAAAAGUUGUGGAAGACAAAGAGAUGGCAUAUUUCUACAAUAACUGCAGCAAAAUCAUGAAAACAUAUUCUUUAUGGCUAGAAGAAACAACAAUUAAUGUGAUUGCAAAGGACCAGCAAAGUCUACCACCACAAUAUAAUCCUGAAAAACUAAACGAAAUUUUAAGUGGCAGUACGCAACAUUGGACUGAAUUAGUUUUUCUACCGAAAUUAAGAAAAUCCCAAAAACACCAAUCGAUACAAUGGUGUAGAAAAAUAUUACGAUCUAAAUCAACAAAGAAUCUUCGCAGUGCUCUGCAACCAAAACCCACAACUACACCCUUGGAAAGAAUUAAAAUUCAUUUAAAAUCAUAUGACAAACGUUUAGCUGGACCUGCAUUGAUCUUAAAACAAAAUAGUGUUCCAAAUCAACAACGCAUAGAUCUUGAAACCCUUAUUGAUUUACGAAAUAAUUUGAAAGUCCUCGAAAGUUCUGCAAAAAUAUUCAAUCUUCAUAGUUGUGAAUUAAAUGGCAUAACCAAACAAUUCAAUGAACUUGUAAUGAAACUUUAUAAAAACGUAUCAGCUCAAGAAGAGAAGCAAAUCCAAUGUUCAUCACUAGUUCUAAAUUCUAAAUGCAAAAGGGCUGGCUCUGUUAAAGUACAGUACCAAGUACCAAUAAAACAAUCUGUGAUUGAUAGACAAAUGACUGCGAAUACAAAUAGAUUUACACAACUAAUUGAAGAGUUCUUAUCUCAGAAUAUGGACCAACUGGCAAGAGCGGUAGACACAAUGGAAAGUGUAAUCAGAUUUAUGGUCUCUUCACAAGUUGAAUCGGGUUGUGUACGUCAGUACUCCAAGGAUGUGACAACAGUUGGUAUACAAUUCUUCUACGAUCUUGUUAAGGCUAAAAAUGAAGUGAUGACGAAAUUUCCCCCUGGCAAUGAUUUGUGCAAUAAUAUUUUAACAGAAUUAGGUGUAUUCAUUCAAGAUAAUCUCGAGAAAGAAGGUCUUCGAAUUUUAGAAUUAGCUCUUCAACGACCAGACUUACUUAAAAUCAUAUCAAAUUUAUUUGAACCAUAUCGAACUGGUCCUCUACAUUUCAUAGGCAUGUAUAAAUUUUUAAUUGAUGCUUAUUUGAAAGAUUGUGAUAAAAAGGUACUAUUUGUACUUCUAUCCAAGUUCGAUUUGCCCAGUUGGCUUGAAACAUUCCGACCAAAAUUGGCUGACAUAAAUCGAUUGCUCAAAUUGGUUUUAUCUGGAUUAAAAAGUUGGAAUAAAUCGAAAGCCGAAAUUUUACAAGAUCAAUUUCGUCGUCAUUUAGUUUUAAUUUUUGAUCAUGAAUUCCCCGAGCAUUAUGGCGAGGUUAUUCAAUUGGUAUUAGAUGGGAUUUCGGAGCAAGAACUUAUGCCAGUUGUUUUAUUGGAUUUAUUGAAUUCAUUGCUUCAACAAUGUAAUUGUGAUCAAUUGGCUUUGGAUAGCUCAAAUGAAACUAUUAAAUCUGUUUGUGCGGAGUUUUCACGUCGUCAAAAUUUAUUCAGUCUCAAAGGAGCAACGGACACAGUAAAAUUAUUUGCAACACAUUUUGAAAAAGAAAGAUGGCAUAGUGGGAUUGAUGGGCUAUAUCCUAAACAUAGGGAAUAUUGUAAGCCACUUGCAAUGUGGUUCUCUUGUUUAAGUCAUGUUGUGGUCACUACUGCAAUUGUUGGAUAUCCUGGAUUGCUUGCCGAUCAAAUAAGUGAAUGUAUUUUUGCGGCGCUCAUAGAAAUGUACGUCCCAUGGCUAAUUCCGUAUUCAGAAGAAAAAGUCUCACAAUUAGCUCCCAACUGGAUACGACAACAUAUAGGUGAUACAAAAGUUCUUUAUCCUUGGACUGCAGUGCAUGGAGAAACAAGUAUGAUCAUAAUCAAUUCAUUCAUCCAUUCAAUUAUAUUUGCUUUGGAAAGUCUUCCUGUUUCCCAAGCUAUUCUUGGUCAUACGUUUAGCUUUUAUAUUCAUCAUUAUGCUGUUGAAGAAAUGCAGCUACACGUUCGAAAACCAAUUCACAAUGGAAUCAUCAAAUUACCAUGGGAACUUUUUAAACCACUGCCGACUCAUAUUCAUCUUUUGUAUGAUAGUUUGAAAGUGUAUGUUCCCGAAUCACAUGCCUUACUUGGAUAUAUUUUUCUUCGAAUUGAUUGGAAUAAGUGGAUAAGGGAAAAUUUCUCGAGUUGGCCACCAGCUAUACAAACACAAGUAUGCUCCCGACUCCUUUCGAUUUUUGUGAAAAUGUCCUUCGAGCCAAAUAUCCACGUCCAUACAAGUACGAGUAAGAUAUUAGAAGAUGCUAUUGCCUAUCCAUGGUAUAUGGUGGAAUAUCAGGAGCUGGAAAAUCUCUUCACGUGGGUCUUAAAAACAGUCGAGCCGUCUAUUCUAUUGAAACUUCCAUCUGAGAGUAACUACGCUGAUAGAGCAGCUUUAGAUCUUCUGAGUGUUUCAUCAGCGAUGAUGCCCGAAAAAGCUGCAGUCGGUCCAAUUACACACGCUACUGCCAAACGUAUUCUCUAUGCUAGAUUCAUUGUUAAAUUGUUGCGAAUGUGCGCUACUAAACAUAAUAAACUUGUUGCAACUAAAGAUGGAUUUAAAGCAUUCUCAACUGCCUUGCAAGAACUUAUGGAUCUGAUGGAACGUAGUGUUGUGAUAUUUUGUACAACGAAAAAAGAACGUGAUCAAGAGGCUUUAAAUCUUAUGAUAGAGAUUAUCGUUUCAAUGCAAUCACACAAUCAAGAAACUUCAAAGUUCUUUAUUGACAUACUUAUUGAUUGGCAAUCAAGAUGUAAGCCAGGCAGCACUUUGUUGUGUCAGACAUUAAAUGCUUUUGGACAUUCAAAAGCAUUCAUUGCAGGGAUAUACAUUUUGUUGGAGUCGACAAUUGUUAAUUAUUUUCGAAUUUCAGAUGGCAACAAGGAAGAUCACUACCCAUCGUGGAUGUUACUGUUAAAGUCUCUUCAAUUUUCCUAUGAUAAAUUAGAAGUUAUGCCUUUUUUGCGAGGCCAAAAUUUUCUGUCUCUGCACGCCUAUAUAAUCUACAAAAUGCAGAAUCUAACAGAUGCUGGUCAAAAAAUAAGCUUUCUUCAGGACCUAAGUCAACUCUUAGAACAUGUUAAAACGAAUGCCACAACGGAACCUCGAAUGGCGAUAGUGUGGGGUGCGAUUGUUACAAGUGGGUGUAAAAUACUAUCAGAAUCGGAAGCUACUUCUGAUGCCAAGAAGCCACUUCUGAUGCUGGCGCGACAUUUCCAUGUUCUUUCAACACAAUCUGAAGGCUGGGGUGAAGGUUUAUUGGGAGUGAUUGGUUUUAAGAAGGAUAGCAUUAGUAAUCGGCGAAAAGUCCUGACAAGAUGUAUAUCAUGUAUUGUAUUCUCUCUUUUCCCCGAUACAAGCUCUGAUACAAUAUUACUGAAUCAAGAAUUUGUUCGUUCAUUCAGCGAAAUGAAAAUGCUUAUUGCUAAUAAGAAGUUCAAUGAUGUUAAGAUGCUUGUUGUCAAAGCUAUCGAACUUAUUGAUGAAAACAAAUUUGUAGACGUUGAGAAUGUGCCUGAAUUAAUUUACCGCGUAAUUCGUUUAUUUUAUAGUGAUACGUUUCUGGAAACUGUACCGGAAGUGUGGAGCUUUGAAUUUAAAUGGCCUUAAGUUUUCUUCCUUUGUUUUUGUAUUUCGGUUUAUUAUUAGGUUCAGUUUUCUAUGUUUCUAAGUUAUAUAUAAAAAAAUCAUAUUGAUAGUUAUAGAA